GUGGUGGAUUGUGCUGGCAAUGGGAAUGCAGGAUGCAAUGGUGGAGACACAUGUAGUUUACUUAAGUGGCUCGUUAUGAACCAUGUUCCAGUCAAACUAGAAAAAGAUUAUCCCUUAGUUUUGAAAGAUGAAGUUUGUCGACUCAAUGGGUAUGGGUUUGAAGGAGGAAUAGAAGUAGCUGAUAACUACACUUGCGAUAAUUUUGUCGGAAGUGAGUCAAACAUUCUGGAGCUCCUUGCCUUUCAUGGACCUGUGAUAGCUGCCGUGAAUGCACUUCCAUGGCAGUAUUAUAUUGGUGGAGUCAUCCAGUAUCAUUGUGACGGAGCGCUGCAAAAUAUCAAUCAUGCUGUACAAAUCGUUGGAUACGAUACCACUGCUGCUAUUCCACACUACAUCAUCAGAAACUCGUGGGGCCCCUAUUUUGGUGAUAAUGGAUAUGCUUAUCUUGCAAUCGGCGGUAAUAUUUGUGGUAUUGGGACUGAAGUUUCAUCACUUGAUGUUCUCCAGAAGUGAAGUCAAGGAACAUUCCCCUGUUUUAAGUAAUACUCACCCCUCUGACGCAGGUAACAAUAGCCUUACGAACAAAUUUGUUCACUUGACUGCUCAUUACUUGGACCAUGGUCUGAAGCCUUUGCUCAUGUGAUUCUAAAUUGUUCCCCAUCAUUGAAUAAUCUAUAUAAAAGCCUUUUUCCAAGUUCA